UUGCGAUACCAAGCCAGUCCGGCGCUGACCAGCGAAGCUACCAGUUAAUUUAUAAUUUAUAAACAUUAACUAUUCAUAAUGAAGAUCGCCUUAGUAGUUUUUGUAGUCGCCCUGUCGGCCAUUUACGUGGAAAGCAAGGAUCUCAUAGUGGGCACCAGUUUUAACAACAGAUUGCUGUGGCAGGAGAAAGCUGAAUAUAAUGCCAUCCCGCUUAAGAAGAGAGUUAAGGAGGUGUUUUUCUCUGAUCCGGGACAACAGAUAAUUAAGGGUAUCAUCGCUCGCGACCUUGACCACACGGAGGCGAUACCCAGCGUGACGGCGGGUGGCGUCGGCUUCUCGUAUGCCAACAUCCGACUCAAGUCCGAGCGCGGCUCCGGACUCAACUACCAGAUCGAGAUCUACGUCUAACACGAGAUAUCUACGGCACACACGAGAUCCUUACACGGUCAACUAUGAAACACUCAUAGACUUGUUUGUAUCCAAAGAGACUUUUUAUCCAUUAAUUCUGAUUUAGAAUCUUUUAUUCAAUUAAAAAUCCUUAUAACGAUUUUAUUAACGAGUGUAAAAGGAAACAAAAAUUUAGGCCAAAUUCUCCAUUAAAAUAAACGUAAAACACACAGUUA